GUGAGGCUAUUCUAUAUGAAAAUACUUCAAGUUUAAAGACUGACUCCAGUGUACAACAUGGAUUGGGAAAACGCCGUGGUGUUGCUGGUGAUAGGUUUUAAUGCGAUACACGCUUCUGCUCAAACAGAUAAGCCAUCCGUUGAAUAUUCCACUCGGGAAAAGUUUAGAGGAAGACGAAGUACUGAAGAGUUAUAUUUCAGAUGUGCUUUUGAAAACUCGAAUCCCUUGGCUGUAUAUCAGGUUUAUUGGUAUCUUGAUGGAAUACUUACUUUCUCAAGCUCGGCUGCAAUGAGUAAUAAUAUAAAUGAGACACUUUUAACAGAGGAGAAUGGCCUCAAGUUAAACAAAAAGAUAUCAUGUGCAGUAAAAAUGACCAUUCCUGGGAACAAUACAGACGUGUUUUCACAACGAAGUGACGAUUAUUUUGCUGGAAUUCAGAUAGAUAACACUUUUCUUUCCAUUCGACGUGGCGGAGCAAUAAAGAUUCGAUUGAGAUUAACUGUUCCCUUUGGUUGUGCCUAUUAUUCCACGCCUCCUUUAGAAGUACAGAACUGUGUGCUUAGCAUACAAAUGGCGGGACUGAGUCAUGGAAAUUGUACUCUUGACGGUAGAAGUCUGAAUAAUUGUGGGCUGUCUAUAAGGCAAAAGACUUGGAAUGACACGCAUGAAUUUGUGAUAGCUCACGAUGACGACAAUUCUCGCCAAUAUUUGCCUUACAGACUUAUACAACUAAAAACAGGACAGUUAACCUCCAAUGAAAUAUGGAGUGAUUUAACUUUGCCAUCUGUUCAGGUUUACAUAUUAGAUAACCAUAUGUCGUCAACAACAUGCGGCAAGCAUGAGAAUGACAACCAACUUUUGUACAAUUCUACAAGUGUAUUUAGUGCACUGAACAUUUCUGAUGAAUAUGGUAACAUCUUUGAGAUUCAGACACGAAGAGCGAAAUCCAGCGGCCUCAAUAAUCGUUUAUGUGGCUUGGCAGCGAGAGCAGGAGGGGAUAUGUUCAUCAUUGAUGCCUGCCAAUUUCCGGUCAUAAAAAAGUUUAUACGAUGCAACGAUAAAGCAAUAUCCGUGAAUGUUUGGAAGGAUUCAUCAAGAAACUUUACAGAGUUGCGGUUGUUGCCUGGAAUAAGAAUAAGUGUAACGGAAUAUAUUAAAAAUAACGAGGCUUUCUUGGUAGUUUACAUUUGUCAUGUGGAGAGACUGCCUGUGGCGGAGAACAUUUUAAAUGGGGUACCUAUCAAUUUUUUUGAGAUGUCCGAAAACGAUAUAAACAAACUCCAGGCACUUGCUGAUGGUACUUAUGCUGUUUGUGCAUGCCUAUGGGAGCGUCCAGAUGUGUACUUUAUUGAUCAUGUUCCACUGAAUAAUUCAACCAUGUGUACAAACAGAGACGACAAAAUUUGUUUGUCUAAAAUAACAGAUAUUCCACCGUUUUCACACUUAUGCAAGAUAGGAGAGAGAAAGUCUGACUGGAUAUUGGUGUUAAAGGCAAUAGCUGGAAAUGGAGAAAGGGUAUUCGAUGCUUGGGAUAGGGAUCUUUCCAAAUUAUCAUAUUGCACACCAGGACUAGGUUGCUUACCAGAAGGUGAUACUUUAGACACCGUGUCUCCAACCUCCAGACAUCUCACGAGUUUAUUGAUAAAGCAAUGGGAUUCUCUGAAUAUUCAAAAGGUGAAAGUGGAAUUAUAUUCAAAAGGAAAUGUGGUCAUGAAGCUUGUUUUCGAUGGAGAGGAAACCGACUACAUGAACUGGUUUUCGAGUGGUCGACUUUUGUACAGCAGCUACCAAGACAUGCAUAGAAACAGCGUUUAUAAUUAUUUCUCUAUUAAUGGUUUAUUUAGUCUUGGAGACCAUGAACGAAGAUUUCAUAUAAACUCUGUGUACAAUGGCUGCCUAGGUGAUAUAGGAUGGUUAACGGUGGUUGAUUCAGAAACAUCGAAGCGCUGCGCUUGGGAGACAAGCUUCACUCGUCCACAAUUUCUGUACUCGAAAGGCAGAACAAUGAGAAAUUGGAAUUCGGUUGAUAUUGGAUAUGCAGACACCAUGGCUAUUUACAUAUUUAGAUAGUUUGUAUAUAUGGUAUAAGUACACUUGGAAAGUUAUGUACGCACUGAUAGUGCAGGAUUUGAAAUAAAGAUUGUGUCGAGCAAUAUCAAAGCA